CAAUCUCAUCUCAACUCUGUAGGUGAAGAGCACUAAUACACAACAUCAAACAUUUCUCAGGGCUGUUCAGCCCUUCAUCAAUUACCCGGAGAUUCCCCCGAGCACAUGUUUCUUUGUCUUUGCCUUUGGGCUUCUCUGUUCUUUGCGAGUUGCUCGUUGACCCCCAGAUUAACAAGUUGGCAGGCCACCUUCCACCAGAACUGCCAGCACGCUAUCAAAGGCCCAUUUUUCUACACUUUUCAACAUUCGAUUUGCAAUGUCUUCUGUAGGCCAUCAAAACGGUGCAGCCAGUCCCAGCAAUGCCGGUCGAGGAGGGCGAAGAGGACGAGGAGGACAAGGAGGCCACGGACGGUCCAUCAACACCAGAGACACCGUUGGUUCAAGGCGCCUGUGAGCCGCCAUUGUCCCACCCGAGGUGUACAUGCGCCUUCUGCCUCCGCAGCCACCGACAGCUCUCAAUCGUCUGCUACGACUUUGGCAAGACUGGCGUUGCGCAUGGAAGUGCUAGAGCAAAGGAUCCGUCAAGAUGCGCAGUCGAAUAUGGAGGAGCUGGAGCGACUGAAUCGUGAACUUCGUGAACUUGCGCAGUCAUAUUUGGCCCUUCAGGUGUAUCUGGAAUUCAUCAUGGCACUCUUUGCGUGAUUGGACUCCACGCCCUGCGGUCUGGAAGAGGCAGAACCUGCAGACUAGGGAGGCAUCGGCGCCAAGUCAGGACCAGGAGUCUGACGGUUGAGUCGGGACAUACAUGUACACCGAGGAGAUGAGUAUGUCCAAAUGUCGGCUGGGCUGGUUUCGUGUGGGCUCCAUCAAAUAUCUGCGAUCAGACGAGAAACGUUCCAUGAGCCAUCGUUUGUGUUCGUGAAUAGAUCGUGUACGCACAACUUCAUUAUUACGUCCUGUUGAUCGGCUGCGCACGUGGCAUUGUCAUCCUGGUUGGUACCAAACAACACCUUCACUCCCGGCGCCGAAGAGUCGCCGCCGCGGCCGCACAAGGGCCCAGGACUCCAGUCUGCAGCGCCGCAACCAAGCGGCACAUGGUCCU